AUGACUGAACAAGAUGGGAGUCCAUUAGGUACUACUGGUGAUAGUAGUGACAUUAUAAAGCUUGCUGAAAUCUUGAAGGAGGUAAUCCUUGCCAAGACAUCCAAGGAAGACGAUUUCGAGUUUUUGGAACGGCCCAAAAGUUACAAUGGUUCAAGGGAUCCCUUCAUUAUUGAAUCUUGGAUCCAGACGCUCGAAGACUUUGCGGAUAUCAAGAAGUUUGAUAAUGAUAAAAUUGCCAAAUUAGGUAUCACUCUUUUGACAGGUGCUGCCAAAGUUUGGUAUCAAAAUCUGCGUUUGCUAAAUUCUGCGCCUACUAAUUGGUUACACUUCAAGACCGAAUUAAGAGCAUUUUUUAAACCGGAUAAUGCUAUCUCGGUUGCUCGGGAUCGCAUGCGCGCCUUACGACAGAAGUCUACCAUUGCUCAAUAUGUUCAAGAAUUCAUGACUAUCAAACUCAGUAUUCAAAGAAUGACAGACGAAGAAGCAGUUGACAAGUUUUUAUCUGGUCUUCGAGAUCCCAACGCUCGAAUUCACAUCAAGGACAGCAUUUACAUGGAAGAGCCUAUUUUAACUGAGGCCAUCCGUGCUGCUCAUAACUAUGAAGGAAAUCGUUUAGAUUCCAGUUCCUCUAUUUCUCGGGGUUUUUCGGUGGAUACUAUGGAUCUUCAGGUGGAUGAUCCAAUGGAUUUGUCGGUGAUGGAGCGCCGUGAAUUAUACAACAUCAUGAAAUCUUGGAACAACUCUGGUGGCCGUGGCGGCCAACAGCAUCGUGGUGGCCGUGGUGGCCGUGCUCGUAAUGGUAAUCGUGCUAAUGUACAGUGUCACAACUGUGAAGGUUUCGGUCAUUACAUGAGGGAUUGUCCUUCUGAACCUCGACAGCAAUUGAAUUAUGCCGAGGCUGGCAACAUUGAUCAUGGCUUUGAUGAUGCUUCUGAAGACAAUAAAGACUUUGAUUACUCUGCUUAUUUGUAUUGUGUCUUACCUACCUCUAAGUCGUAUGUUGAACUUCUGGUAAUUGUCGAUACUCUAAUCAAGAAGGAUCUGGAAUUUGUGAUGUCUGCUGGUAAAAUUGAUACAAAAUUGCCCCUGUACAAUGGUUGGGUGAAUGGUCAUUUGUGCUCCGUAUUGAUUGAUUCUGGUGCUUCUGCUAAUUAUAUUAGUCCGAAACUGUCCUCCGUGGUUACAUAA